CGGCGCCGUUUCGUGAGAGUCCUCCAAGAAGUAAAUGCGAAGUUCUUAAGACGGCAAACAGAGAAACAGAGAAAGCGAAGAAUCAAAUCUAUCAGAUCCCCAAGAUGGAAGAUUUUUGGAAGCGAGCGAAAUCAUUCGCUGAAGAAGCAGCUAAGAAAUCGCAAACCCUAACUUCGCCCAACAAAUUGGCCGAUCUUGUCGCUGAAACCGCCAAGAAGUCCAAGGAACUUGCUGUCGAAGCCACCAAGAAAGCCGAUGAGCUCAAAACUGCCGCUCUCAAACAAGCCGACCAAAUCCAAAUCCAAUCCAUCUCUAAGUCCAUUUCCGAUUUUAUCCCUCCUCAACUCUCCUCCCUCUCCAUUUCCUCUCCCGCCUCCACUUCUUCCGAUCCUCCUCCUAUCCCCGACUCGGAGCUCCACAAGUUCGGACUCACCGAUGAUUUGAGAGAUUUUGUCAAAGGCUUUACUUCAACUACUUUCCAGAACUUCCCUUCCCCUGUCCAAGACGAACCAGAGCCGUCCGAUUCGACUACUGUGGGGUCCAAUGUACGGAAGGAUCUGAGUGAAUGGCAAGAGAGGCAUGCCACUCUUGUUCUUACUACUGUGAAGGAAAUCAAGAAAUUGAGAUAUGAAUUGUGUCCUCGUUUGAUGAAAGAAAGGAAUUUUUGGAGGAUAUAUUUCACUCUUGUAAGCACUCAUGUUGCACCUUAUGAGAAGCAGUACAUGGAGGAAGUUAAACAGAGAGGAGUGGAGGGGGUAAAGGAGGAUAAACCACAGCAAAAACCUGUUGUGAAGGCAGAGUCAGAAAGUAGUUUGAAAACUAAAACAUCAAGUGCAUCUGCCGAGCAAGAUUUGGAUACAUUUUUGUUGGGAGAUUUUGAUAGCGAUGGUGGUGGAGAUGAUGCUGAUGCUGAUGCUGAUGCAGAUGGGAGCUUGGAUGAUGAUUUUGACAAGAUUGAAAAUUCUGAUGUUGAAGAUGAGAAGAAGAAUGCAGCAGGAACUAAAGCUUAGAAUGGGAGUAAGUCUGAUGGCGAGGAGAAGGGAUGGCAGAAGCUGUUAAAGAAAGGGGGUAGUCUGAGAAAAUGAUUUCAGUGUGUUUGGUUUAUGCAAAGAGAUAUUAUGAUAUGGUAUUUAUUCAUUUAUUUAAACGCAAGAAACAAUUAGAACAUCAUUACUUGCCUUGUACAGAGAAACUCAUUCUUAUUAAUCAGAUUGUUCUUGUUAAUGCUUUUCCUA